AUGACAACAAUGGAAGGGGCCAGCGGGUCGAGUUUUGGAAUAGACACGAUUUUGUCCAGUGCCAGUUCGGGCAGCCCCGGCAUGAUGAAUGGAGAUUUCCGCCCGCUUGGCGAGGCCAGGACCGCGGAUUUUAGGAGUCAGGCCACUCCGUCCCCCUGUUCGGAGAUUGAUACCGUAGGAACGGCGCCUUCUUCUCCCAUCUCGGUCACCAUGGAGCCCCCGGAGCAGCAUCUGGUAGCAGAAGGGCCCCAGCAUCACCACCACCUCCACCACAGCCAACCGCCGCCGCCGCCCGCCGCGGCCCCCACGCAAAGUUUGCAGCCUUCUCCCCAACAGCAGCCGGCGCCGCCGCCGCCGCCGCAGCAACCGGCCCAGCAGCUGGGCUCGGCCGCCUCGGCCCCCAGGACUUCCACCUCUUCUUUUUUAAUUAAGGACAUCUUGGGCGACAGCAAACCUCUGGCGGCGUGUGCACCCUACAGCACCAGCGUGUCCUCUCCCCACCACACCCCGAAGCAGGAGAGCAACGCAGCACACGAGAGCUUCAGGCCAAAGCUCGAGCAGGAGGACAGCAAAACCAAACUCGACAAGCGGGAAGAUUCCCAGAGCGACAUCAAAUGCCACGGAACAAAGGAAGAAGGAGACCGGGAGAUUACGAGCAGCCGAGAGAGUCCCCCUGUGAGAGCCAAAAAGCCUCGCAAAGCCAGAACAGCUUUCUCUGACCACCAACUCAAUCAACUGGAGCGUAGCUUUGAGCGGCAGAAGUACCUGAGUGUGCAGGACCGCAUGGACCUGGCAGCAGCGCUCAACCUCACGGACACCCAAGUCAAGACCUGGUACCAGAACCGCAGGACCAAGUGGAAGCGGCAGACCGCGGUGGGCCUGGAGCUGCUGGCCGAGGCGGGCAACUACUCGGCCCUGCAGAGGAUGUUUCCGUCGCCUUAUUUCUACCACCCGAGCCUGCUGGGCAGCAUGGACAGCACUACGGCCGCCGCGGCUGCCGCAGCCAUGUACAGCAGCAUGUACCGGACUCCUCCCGCGCCCCAUCCCCAGCUGCAGCGGCCCCUGGUGCCCCGCGUGCUCAUCCACGGCCUGGGGCCCGGGGGGCAGCCGGCCCUCAACCCCUUGUCCAACCCCAUCCCAGGCACCCCGCACCCCCGGUGA